AUGCCGAGUGGAAAGUCUUACUGCCCCCGUGCUGCUGGAGUCCAGUCCUUGAGCAUCGUUGACGAAUCAUUCUGGCUUAUAGGUAUGGCUCUCGGAAACUCUAACUCUCCGGUUUGUAACCACUCCCCUAAUUUAGCGCAACAAUCCUCCGACUCGACUUUGAACGUCUUCGAGGGCCCAGAGAAGAAACUAGAAAUGCAUUUCAAACGCAGUACAGUUGGGAAACGUCUGCAUACAUGCCAAACCGCAGAUCGCUGUAACAGUUUGCGCAAUCUCCGCCGCUGCGACAUCGAGGCUAUCUUGCGUGCUGCUGCAUGUAACAUCCUUUCUGUUGCAAAGAACGAACACACAGACGCAUACCUUUUGUCAGAGUCCUCGCUUUUUGUCUCUGACACUUGUCUAACACUCAAGACAUGCGGGACCACGAGACUCCUUCUUGCAUUACCCGUGAUACUGAAACUAGUAUCAGAUAAGCUUGCCCUGUUGGUGACUUAUGUCCAGUUUUCCAGGGUCUCUUACAUUUUACCUGACGCUCAGCUUUUCCCUCAUGACAGCAUUGCGAAUGAAGUCUCCUUUCUGGACAGGGCAUUGAACACCAAGGGGCGAGUUUUUCAGGCUCCGUUAUUCUCUUCAUCUUGGUGGUACAUGUACUCCACGACAUUGGCACCUUGUGCGGGUCGUGGUGGGAAGUUGAAGAAUACGGAAUCUCAAGAUGAAAAAAAUUGUGAAACAUUGGAUCAAAAGCAAGCAUUGGAACUCUACAUGUUUGACUUGGAUCCUUCCGCGAUGAAGCAAUUCAUGUUCGGGGACAGACCGCGCAUGUGGGGAAGAGACACUAUCGCAGACGGUACCACGUCGCUUGUUGGGAUAGACAAGUUGCUGCUUGACGGCGCGACGAUAGACGCAUUUAACUUUAAACCUUGCGGAUACUCUAUGAAUGCGAUGCACGAUCGGUCCUAUUAUACCAUACACGUGUCUCCCGAGCCGGAUGCAUCGUACGUGUCCUUCGAAACGACGGCUUCUCACAGAAAUAUUUCGAAGCUAAUAACUUCCGUGGUGAAAUUGUUUAAGCCCAGCCGUUUCACCGUCGCUAUUAUUCCAAAUCCGACAAACGGUUGCUCAAUGUCCGGCAGAGAAGAACAUCAGCUCUCCAUGAUGAAUAAGCAUAUGCUGACGCAAUCGUUCUGCGCAGCGGCAUCAAACGUUUUCUCCGUUGAUGAGAGGAGCCAUGCAAUCGUCUCAUCUUUCUUAUCAGUGGAGAACUGGACCCGUCCCAUCAGCCCGAGCUCAAUUUUUGAUGAACUGUCUGAACAUGAAGAUGUAGUCAAACGACUGAACACAGUCGGAAGGGCUCACAACGCUCACUUCAUUGAAGACUACGAAAGUUCGCCGCAUUGUUAA